AUGUCGGAAACUGACAAGCCAACUAUCGUAGAAGCCGGUGAACCUGUUGAAUGGAAGCAGUACAGUACGUACAGUAUUAAGACCGACCCCGACCAAGAUGAUAAGGCUACAGAAAUCAAACUGUGCAGCUUUGCCCGGCCCCACAUGCGAGCUUUCCACUGUUCUUGGUGGUGUUUUUUCAUUGCCUUCUUCAUUUGGUUUGCCAUCGCCCCCCUUCUCUCCGAAAUCAGAGACGAUAUUGGCAUCACCAAACAGGAUGUUUGGACUUCGUCGAUUGUCGGAGUCGGCGGAACAAUUUUGAUGCGCUUUAUUAUGGGACCCAUGUGUGAUAAAUACGGUGCUCGUAUUUCUCUUGAUUCUGUCGUUCGCUUCUAUUCCUACGGCAUCGCCACCGGACUCGCGGUCUUGCGUCUGUUCAUUGGUGUUGCUGGUUCUACCUUUGUUCCUUGCCAGUAUUGGUCGAGCCGUAUGUUUUCGAAAGAAGUCGUUGGAACAGCUAAUGCUUUGUGCGGUGGCUGGGGAAAUCUGGGUGGUGGAGUCACACAGCUUGUCAUGGGAUCUGCCCUCUUCCCGCUGUUCAAAAUUUUCUUUGACGGCGACUCAGAAAUGGCCUGGCGAACAGUUUGUGUUAUCCCAGCCAUUAUUGCCAUGGCAUCUGGUAUUAUUGUGUAUCGUAUCAGUGACGAUGCUCCGAAGGGAAACUACGUUGAUAUGAAGAAGCAUGGUACCAUGCCUGAAGUCUCAGCUGCUGCCUCAUUCCGUUCAGGAGCAUUGAACCUCAAUACAUGGGUCUUGUUUGUACAGUAUGCGUGCUGUUUUGGAGUGGAGCUGACUAUGAACAAUGCCGCGGCUCUGUAUUUUAAGGACGAGUUUGGUCAAUCGACAGAAUCUGCUGCUGCAAUUGCUUCCAUUUUUGGAUGGAUGAAUCUUUUUGCUCGCGGUCUCGGAGGCUUUACAAGUGAUAAGGCCAACGCCAAGAUGGGAAUGCGCGGACGUCUUUGGGUACAAACUAUUUUUCUUGCGCUCGAAGGUGCCCUUGUUCUGGUAUUUGCUCAGACUGGAUCGCUGGUUGGAGCCAUUGUUGUCAUGAUUUUCUUCUCCUUGAACGUCCAAGCCGCUGAAGGCGCUACUUAUGGAAUAGUUCCCUAUGUCGACCCCGCCUCUACUGGAUCCAUUUCCGGUAUCGUGGGAGCUGGAGGUAACACUGGUGCCGUCUGCUUCGGACUCGGAUUCCGUCAGCUCAGCUACGAAAAAGCAUUUAACAUUAUGGGGUAUUCCAUCCUUGCGUCAGCCUUCAUGUCAGCUUUAAUCAACAUAAAGGGGCAUGCAAGUAUGUUCUGGGGUAAGGAUGAAAUUAUCGAAAAGGGAAUACUUGCUGUUCCUAUGCCAGAGGCUGAAGAAGAGAUCGAAGCCUAGAGUCUCCUGGUUGAUUUUGUCCAUUUCCCCCGACUAUUUCCUUCAACAUCUUAUUCUUAAAGUUACUUAUUUUCUUUUCUACACUA